AUGGACAUUGAAGCAUAUUUUGAAAGAAUUGGCUAUAAGAACUCUAGGAACAAAUUGGACUUGGAAACAUUAACUAACAUUCUUCAGCACCAGAUCCGAGCUAUCCCCUUUGAGAACUUUAACAUGCACUGUGGGGAACCUAUGGAGUUGGACUUAGAGACCGUUUUUGACCAAGUUGUGAGGAGGAAGCGGGGUGGGUGGUGCCUCCAGGUCAAUCAUCUUCUAUACUGGGCUCUGACCACGAUGGGUUUUCAGACCACUAUGUUGGGAGGAUAUGUUUACAUCACUCCAACCAACAAAUACAGCAGUCAUAUGGUUCACCUUCUAUUAAAAGUGACCAUCAGUGGCAAGAACUAUAUUGCUGAUGCAUCAUUUGGAUGUUCCUACCAGAUGUGGCAGCCUCUGGAAUUAAUUUCUGGGAAGGAUCAGCCUCAGAUGCCAGGCAUCUUCCGCUUGACAGAGGAGGAAGGCAUCUGGUACCUGGACCAAAUCAGAAGAGAGCAGCACAUUCCAAACCAAGAAUUUCUCAAUUCCGAUCUCCUAGAUAAGGAAAAAUACCAAAAAAUCUACUCCUUUACUCUUGAACCUAGAACAAUUGAAGAUUUUGAGUCUGUGAAUACAUACCUUCAGACAUCCCCAGCCUCUGUGUUUACAGGUAUAUCAUUUUGUUCCUUGCAGACCCCAGAAGGGGUUCACUGUUUAGUGGGCUUCACCCUCACCUAUAGGAGAUUCAACUAUAAGGACGGUGUCGACCUGGUAGAGUUUAAGACUCUGAAAGAGGAAGAAGUGGAAGAAGUAUUGAAAACUAUAUUUAAUAUUUCCUUAGAAGGAAAACUGGUACCCAAACAUGGUGAUCAAUAUUUUACUAUUUAG